GAUUUUGAGUUCCAUAAAGCUGAGUGUGAACAGGCAGACGUAAGACAGGGUAAUACAAAACCAUCAGUGGCAACUUUAAGAGGACAUCAAUCACCGGCUGCGUUUUUGAUAAUGGCUUCUCGCCUGGAUGAGCAUGGUUGCGACAGUAAACAUCCAUUGAAGUUUACGCACAUCGAUAUGGGCUCAGCUCCUGGCGACCACCCAGAGACAAGUUUUCCAAAUCCAUUAGUGACAUUGGUGGCGGAGAAAGGAGUUGUGGUAGGAGAAAUGUAUUAG